AUGGUGACGUACAACAAAUCCAUUUCGCUCCUGAUGAAAUUUGGGUCCCGGAUAUUGCUUUGUUUAACAACUGCUCUUUCACUUUUUUCUAACCCCUGUUUGACUGAACAGCCUUUCUAUAUACUUUUAUCGUUUAUUUCUAGUGGUGACGACUCGAUCAAUUUAGCGGGAGGGAUAAGCAAGUUUGUGACGGACAUCUCAGUCAGCUUUAAUGGGAACUGUGUUUGGAGCGGACCGGCAACGUUUAAAACCACCUGUGAAAUGCAAGUCGACGAGUGGCCGUUUGACGAACAAAAAUGUGAACUAUCGUUUGGCUCCUACACGUAUGGAGAGAAACUAAUGAGAAUCAGGCUGUUCAAGGACAAAAGUGAUUUUGCGAGUAAGGAAUCGUCUCCAGGAGGCCAUAAGGAGCUACUUUCAAUGAUAAUUCCUUGGGUUAUCCCGUUGGGCAAUAAUGGGGGAGAAAAGAUACCUAUUGCAGAAACUAAUCAGCUAUGCGUAUUUACCUUCUUAGCUCGUUAUGUUGAAAGCGGAGACUGGGACAUAGUAGACAUCAGAUCCAAAAUAUCGGAAACUGACCAUGGCGACUGCUGCCCGUUUAACUUCAGCGAAGUGGUAUACACUCUGGAAAUGAAACGCAAGUCACUGUACUAUAUGUUCUAUCUCGUCAUCCCCUCCGUUACACUGACAGUAGUUGCUCUCAGUAGUUUCCUCAUCCACGUUGAAAGCGGGGAACGCAUUGGCUUUGUCACAACUAUUCUGCUCGCCAUGACAGUGUUUCUUCUUGUCAUCCCGUCCUUUCUUCCAGUGACGUCAGACAGCGUACCAAUCCUUGGCGUAAACCUACAAGUUACUAUGAUCAUUAUAGCCUUGGUUCUCUUCGCCAAUAUUUUCGUCGUGAGGGUUUACUUCAAAGACGGAACUCCCCCAGACUGGAUUGAAAAGCUCUGCGGCUUUUGCAGCAUAAAGAAACGUAAAGAAGCCAAACGGAUUCAUGCAUCGCAGCCUGAUGGCGCUCACGGCAUGGCAAAAUGUUCCACUACACUGACCAGCAUCGAGAUGACCGAGUGCAAUGAAGGAAGUCCAGCUUUCCUUGAAAGAAAAGAAGAAGUUGAAUUCACGUGGCGGAGGGUGGCCAGAAAAAUGGAUCAAGUGUUUUUUGUAAUCUUUAUUAUUGCCUCGUCUAUUGCGUAUGCUUUCACGUUCAAAACAUGAUUAGUUGUUUAUUUGACUGAUGUUUUACAAAUAGCCACUCAUUGUACAUAAAAUUCAUUUGUUCUUAAAUUGUUAUAAUUUUAGGUUUUGAUAUCACAAGUGAAUGUGUGUUUUUGUUUUCCACAAACACUACAACACCAAACAUGUCAUGACCCACACCUUUGCUGGUAUAUUUGUAUGACAUUAGUACAACUUGGGUAUACAAAAUAUUACUAAUGUAUACCAUAAAAUUCCGAUUUUAAGCCCCUUACCCUUCACACCUGUUGUAGGGUCAUCUAUAGGUAACAUUAAAAAACUUUUCCAGUUACAAUGACAUAAGCCCCGCUGGAAAUACCCCUUCUUGACUUUUUGUACUUCACCGGACAGCGAGGAAGGGCUGAUGCUCCCUGUACUUGUUUCAUUACCUGCUCUAUGUGCUUCUUGUUUCGAAGAACAUGAAGAAUCUUUUUCAACUGCUGUAUUUUGGUUUCAACGGCGUAUUUUGAGCCUUUUUUAUACCGUUUUUAACCCGCCGCCCUCACCUCUCCGUUUGUAAGCCCACCGAAUACCCCUUUUAAAGUUAUAUAAGCCCAGCGCUUAUAACCGGAAUUUUACAACAUGUAAGAAAGAAAGAGUUACGUUAUAUUAAUCUGGAUUGAUAAUAAAUGAUUGCGUGAAAAAAAAAAUCAUAAUGUAAUGUACCUUAUCACUUGGAUUUCAAAAAUAAAAAAGAGAGUCCCUAAUUCUUUGAGAACUUUUACUCGAUAUUCGUUCGGUGAUACUCCAUUACCCUGAAAAGCCCGUGUCUGGAAGAAUUCUAUAUUCCCUCUAACCGAAAAAUAAAUGGAUUUCAUUUUCUCAGAUUGAUGGUCUUUUUCUUCCCUUUUUCGGAGUUUGUUUAAUUCAAAACUAUGAGC